AUGCAUGUCUACCUUUAUAUCACAUCUCCCAAACAACCACCGCAGUUGCAAAAUCCCAGCGCAAAGUCACAUUCGUCCCGUGCCCAAAAAAAGAAUCCAAGACCCAUCACAAUGUCUACCGAAUCCGCCGAAGACCAAAGACUUAUCGCAGCCGUAUUCAAACAAAUCAAGCUUGCCGAGAUAAUUUUAGAUUACGAGCAACUAGCAAAGGACCUUGGAAUCAAAGCUAUGCAUCCAGGAAAAGCUGCAGGCAAGCGUUGGAUACGAUACAAGCAAAAACAUGGUCUUGUUGCGGGAAAAUCGGCAAAGAACGAGGUUAGUGGUGAAAUGGAGAACUGCAUGAAUGUUACACCGAAGGCGGGAAACGGCAAAAAGACAGGGAAUGCGGCAGAAAGUACAAACGGAGGGAAGAAGGCUGCAUCAAAGAAAAGAAAGGUCGUCAAGGAUGAGGAUGAGGAGGAGGAGGAGGAUGUCUCUGAUUAG